AUGCGCUUGCCACCACCACCACCUCCCAAAUGGACACCAAAGAAAAAGGUGGAAGAGCCAGCUCCGGCACCAGUACCUGAGCCAGCUCCCCCGCCGCCUCCGCCCCCUCCACAAGUCGUAAAAGAGGAGGAAUCGAAAGAAGAAACAAUCCCGCCACCACCGACGGACAACCAAGAUACCGGUGGUGCUAGUGGGGAUGUGGUGGAAGAAGCUGUUGAAACGGAAGUAGUUGAGGAAGAAGUGGUGGUGGAAGAAGAAAUCAUUGUCGAAGAAACUAAGGAAUCCAACCAAGAGGAGAAAGCGGACGAUGCGGGCUUAGAGGAAGCAACCACGACAACCAUGACCACUGCAGACAGCACAGCUCAAGUCAGCACAGAGAAUGAUAGUCAAGUGAUGAUGACUCCACCACCGCCCCCGCCACCUCCACCAUCCAGUGAAGAGACUGAGAAGGCUGAUAUUCUACCCCCGCCACCUCCCAGUGAAGAGACGGACAUUGCGCCGCCACCACCUCCUCCGCCCAGUGAGGAGACGGAGAAAAAUGAUGGUCUUCCACCGCCACCCCCACCACCAGUGGAAUUUGGGCACCGUCCUCGCAUGACAAACGACAAACCCCAGAAGACGAAGAAGAAUCCGACGAGGACGAUGAUGAGACAUCAACCGAAUCAGGGUCCUCCUCGGAUGAUAGUAGCAGCGGCAGCAGCAGUAGCGGGAGUGGAACAGGCUCAACAACAACCAGCUCGAUCCCCCCUCCUCCACCGCCCCCACCAGUCCCAAGAAACCCAAGAAAUUAAAGCCAAUGUACGUCGGAAAGCGACAAGUCCCGCAAACAAUCCAGUCGAAGUACAGGCUCCCGUCGUGGUCAGUCAAGAAAAGAUUGAAAAGAAACUGAAAAAGGCGGAAGACUUGGAUCGCAUUCUGAAAAAGAUUGAUGAAGACUUGGAAGAGAAACGAAAUACCGAAAUCCGACAAAAGAUUCGUGAAGCCGAAGACAUGGAUCGGGAGCGAGAAGCCAGGGCCAAGCUAGAAGCGGAAAAGGCAACGCAGGAGUUGCUGGCAUCGUUUGCAGCGGGUGGUGCUGAGCAACAAAUGAUAGAUGCCAAUCCUCAACAACUCAUGCAGUUGGUCAAUCAGCAAGCAGCCCUGAUGCAGCCUGGUACGGGGCAACAAGCCUCCCAGAUGGCUGCAAGAGGAGAGAAGGAAGCGCAAGGAACGACGAGCCAAGAAAAGGAAGAAAAGCGACGUCUCAAGAAGGAAAUCAAGCGCAAAAAGAAAAUGAUGAAGAAGAUUCAAAAGAAGAUCAAAAAGAAAAAGAAGGAGCAACGGCGCCGUGAGAAAGAGAGAAUCUUGGCACAGGGAGAAUGCAACACGGCAUGCAUCAUCAUGCACGAGGUCCGCGGGAAGAUCGAUCCUGACUGGGAGAGGCGAUUGCAAAAGAUUGCCAUCAAGACUCAGUAUCGUAGGUUGACGGACAAAGAGCGGAGAGCAAUGCGGAAGAUCUCAAAGAUCGAUCCGAUGAAUCUGAGUAAGCUGCCCAAGAAGAAAAGAAAGGAAGAAACGUACGGUAGCAGGAGAUCCUCGCGGUCUUCCAAAUCUUCCAAGUCCAAGAAGAGGAGGGAGGAACAGGAAGCAUUACCUCCUCCUCAGAUCCAGAUCCAAGAAGAAGAAGAACCGGCGUACAUUGGCGUGGAAGCUAUGCCUCAUGACGAAGCAUUGCAACAACAGCAACAACAACAGGAGGUCAUUGACCAAGCUGAAGAGGAGUUACGACAACAAGCUUUCCUGGCAGAAGCCUAUGCCAGACCCCAUGGCGUCCAACAAUCAUCCCAGCCAGCAUUCAAUUCGCAGCCGUACGACGUUUACGGCGUAUCCGAUGAAAAGCCGUUCGUCCCGCCUGAUAGUGGUAACAAUGGAGCAUAUGGGGAGGCAUCGUUUGGUCGAGUCGAGAGCUACGAGGUUUAUGAAGCCUCCUCUGCAGAGUCCAGCCAAGUCCGCUUUGACCCUCGAACUCACCCCCGUUCGCCGCUUAACGCUUGCGAUUUUGCGCAGCACUGCACCUCAGGUUCACAAGCAAGUUGGCUCGACGAGGAGAGCAGGAAGAAUGAACAAUCGACAGGUGUCAUGUCGGGAACUUUAGCAAGUAGGAUUCAAAGUACACAGGCUGUACGUAGAUUGCACCAACAAGGUGUCGUUUAA